CCCCACCAGGCCCAUCAUGUGUUUUUGAGAAAGUGGUAAUAUGUUAGUAAAACAGUUGUGAUGGUCAAUACACCAACUGACAUUUAACAGAAUGCCAAGAACAUAAAUAUUGAAAAUGAUAACGAAGUACUGUUGAAAAUGAUGUGUUUCAUCAAAAAGCAGGUUGAACAUAUACCUGUUGACACUGAACUCCAGUACAACUAUUUUGGCACAAUUUCGAUGGGAAAUACCUUUCUAGUCAUCGAUGAUCAGUCUCACUACACGGGGAAACCCAAGGCUAGAUCCCCUUUUCAACCUCCUUGGCUAGAUCAGUUAAGCGCUUACGGGACGGUUCAUGAAUGCUUUUGGCUGGGGAGACUUGAAAAACAAUUUGAGACGUCAAAAAAAUAUUUAUCAGUGGUCAAGGACGUUACAAAUGACACAAAGUGACACAUGCCUGUUCAUAUUCACUUCGUACAAUCCGGCCAUAAUUGUAACCACCUAUCCCAAUCCCUCACAGUCGUAAGUAAACAUUGACAUAAUUAAACAUUUAGAAAAGGGAAUUUCCCAGGACAUUGUUGGUGCUUCCGUUUAAGUCUCAUUGUUAAAAACGAAGAAGGUGGGGAUUUUGUGGGCGAAAUUUUGCGCUCCGACGAACCCCCAAAUCAUCACAUGUUGUUGAGCAAGAAAUGAUACAUCGAAACUGUCACCGUUAUAUAAGCUAUGGAACAGUCAUUCCACGGAAAUGUGCCUGCGGCAUUUCUAGCGCGGCCUCCAGUGUCUCCGGUCCUGCGACGUCCGAUAGACACGUUGGUUUGUCGGUGCUGUAUCGCGUGAGAGACCAGGGGACAGCGCUGCUGUAGACCAUGGCUGGGACCGUUCUUCUCAGGGGUCUUCCCGACCUGCCGGCGCUGCAGGACCAACUGACGGUGUACUUCGGUAGACGCGGAAAGGUCCAGGCAGUGCGGCUGCUCGGGCCGGGACGGGCAAUCGUUACGUUUGCAGAAGGUAGCGUGGCACAAGCAGUAGCCUGUGAACAGGAGCAUCUCUUCUUCGGCACAAAAAUAAAAAUUGAGCCCUGUCCACGUGACCUGGUAAUAAAUGAUGGCAAAAACCAACAGUCGUUGACAGAAAAGGGAACAGUACGCUAUGGAGACCAGACAACCAGUGAGUCGAUCCCUUCUGAUUGUGGAGACUUUGUAGCGAGUGAAACGAGCGCGGAAGAGAUGGUCUCCGAUGAGGUAGGCGUCGGUGAGGGAAUGACGAAAUACCUGCAAACCCACCAAGCAGACGGCAUCAUGGAGGUAGAGGAAAGGCUGUCCCUGGAGUUUGUAAGAAUCGGGAACACCAAAACCGGAUUCUCUAUCCAUGGAACUGUAAGAGGGGUUGGCCAAGCGAAGGCAAGUCUGAAAGAAAUGGCGGCCACCGUCAAGACUGCAGUACUUACCGUACAGAACACUCAUCAGCUAAGAGGUUUUACUCGAUUCAUCACUAAAGAGAUGACAACAGGGCGAUUGCGUGACAUAGAACGCGACCACCAGUGUGUGAUCGCCGUUGAUGACAUCUGUUCGCUCGAGCCCAUGGAGAAUGAGGAGAUGGCAGCCUUCCCAACGACCCCCUGUGAAGAGGACAACUGUGAGCUGCGCAUUGGAGGACUCGUCCUGCAGGUCAUGCCGGGUGAUCUCAUCAAAGACACGGCCGCGGGUAUUGUCGUGCCCGUCAGCAGUCUUCUGGAUCACAGCCGGGGGAUAGCAAGAACCGUUUCCCACGCGGCCGGACCCAGCGUGUUGGAACAGUGCCGAGAGUACGUCAGGACGGAAGGACGUCCGCGAGGUGGCGCCAUCGUGGUUGUCGAAGGUGGGCAGUUGCCUUGUGGUGCGAUUUUGUACCUGACAUCUCCGGAUGCACGGCACCUGAGGAGCGAUGUAAAGAACUGUCUCUGCCUCGCCAAUAACCAUGGAUUCUGUUCGAUUGCAUUACCGGCCAUUGGAACAGGUGGAUUUGGAAUCACACCUGAGAGGUGUGCACGGCGCAUGAUCAAUGGGAUCAUGGAGUUUGCCCAACACCCCAGAGGAAACCAGCUGACCGUUAAGCUCGUGAAGAUUGUUGUACACCAGGACAGAACCAUGGAGGCUUUCAGGGCGGAAAUUUUCAAGAGAAGCAAUGAACAUCGGUUGUCAGACGGACGGCCAAACGAAUUGAUUCUUCACUUCUUCGGCCCUGAUGACUCCAGUGUAGAGGAGGCCAGGAGGAGGGUUGAGGACAUGGUGGAGAACUACUCCACCCAUGCGAUCAUCGUUGAUCCGGCGGUACUACAACUGUCGGCUGAAGAGAGGAGGAUGCUGCAAGUCUUCAGCCGCAGGGAGAAAGUGAUGAUCACAAUAGAUGAGGAGAACGAUGGCUGUUAUCACAUCGAAGGAUCAUGUGAUGUGUCCGCGGCAGCCGCUGUCGUGCGGCGGUUCCUAGCCGACAAAAGGGAGAACAGGACGGCACGGAGAGAAAUUCUGGGACUGAGCCGCUUUCAGUGGUACUACGUUCUACCUACCGGCGAGUGUCGACCCUUCUGCACAGACAAUAACGACCGGACAGAGAUGAUCUACCAGGCAGAUGAGCAGCCGGCGUACUGUAUCAUCGGUGGGGAACUGUGCGUAGUGGACACCCAUGCCAGGACACUCACCGUGAUGUCAUCGGCAGCAACCUUCGAUAUCCUGAGGGAGGACUUGGCUGGUGAUAGAGUUGGGGCAGUACCAGAGACAUGGGACCCUCAGCCUCACGACAGAAACACCGACAGGCCUAAGGUGUGUCACAUGGUGAAGCUCACCCCUGGAUCUCCAGAGUACACCUUAGUGCAGAACAAGUUCCUGUCCAGCACAGGUCGCGUCAGGGUCCUCUCUAUCGAGAGGGUGCAAUCCCCAGCACUGUGGGAACAGUUCUUUGUAAUAAAGAGGAACAUGCUCUCUCGGAACUCAACAAAACCCAUCGAGAAAGAACUCUGGCACGGUACCAACGCAGAGGCAUGUCGGGAAAUCAGCCCCAACGGCUUCAACAGACGAUACAGCGGACAACACGGGACGGCAUACGGGAAAGGGACGUACUUCGCGGUGAACGCGUCCUACUCCGCGCACGACAGGUACUCCAGCCCAGAUGCACAGGGACGGAAAAAGAUGUACCUGGCGAAAGUACUGACGGGAGAAUACACCUCGGGCAGGCGGCACAUGUUCGUUCCUCCGCGUAGGCAGGACUCCAGUGGCCUGUCUUACGAUUCAACCGUGGAUGACAUAAAAACGCCGACAACAUACGUCGUAUUUCAUGACGCACAGGCUUAUCCACAGUACCUCAUAACCUUUAAGACGAUACCAAAUUGAAACGGAUUGGUAAAAGGUGACCGAGAAUCGCAUUGAGGAUUGCGUUAAUAGACCUCUUGUGCUGAUUUUUGGUCCGUAGAUCAGUCGACGAAGCAAAAGUCGCAGCGAACUCAGUUUGGAAGAAUCCUUGAAUAUGUAUGUUAGUCGUUCUGAACAUACGCUAAAUGUCUAUAUCCGUCUCUUGCUUUGCCGUCGAAACUAGAAUAGUAGUGUUGGCAGACAAAUAAACAUCGUCUC